AUGAAAUGUACCGACGAAUAUGAUCCUAUCAGUAAUAGACAGCGCAUGCGGGGAUGGGGAGGUUGUGGUAUUUUAUGGAGAGCACAUUUAGACCAAUUUGUGAAAAUUCAUAAUGAUGGUAAUGAACGUAUUUGUGUUAUAACUUUAGACACUAAGCCAAAACCAAUUUGUAUUGUGGCCGUAUAUAUGCCCUGUACUGGUAGUAAGGAAUAUGACCGAAAAUAUGAGCAAUGUUUUGAUGAGAUAAGUGAAUUAACUAUUAAAUUUGCAGAUCAUACCAUAAUAGUGCUAGGUGAUUUAAAUGCCUCAUUGAUUCGUAAACAGAAAACUACAAGAGACAAAGUGUUUUUAACAUCAAUACAGGAAAUAAACUUAUGUGUACCAAGGAAUUAUCCUUCUAGUCAUACUUUUUUUCACCAUAAUGACAAAGCUUCGUCACAAAUAGACUAUAUUUUAGCUUUUAAUGAUAAUAACUUUUUUACUAAGACAGAUAUAUAUUGUAUGUCGCCGUUAAAUUUGUCAUCUCAUGUGCCAGUGACCGCCAACUUUAUCUGUAAUUUAUAUGCGUCAGAAAAGAAUGAUGUAGUCAAUACUGCUACGACGAAUAGAAUCAACUGGGAGAAAUGUGAUACGUUGAAGUACCAAAGGCUACUUGAUGAAAAAUUUAAUUCCUUAGAUAUUACAUCUGGAACUUUAGAUGAACAAUUUCAAAAUGUGGCUGAUAUUUUUAAAACGAGUGCAGAGGAAUCUUCAGAGGAGGUUAAAAAACGUAGGGUUCGAAAAUUAAAGCCGUGGCCUAUAAAUUUGAGAAGUCUAUGUCAUGACAGUAAACAAGCAUAUAAUAUUUUUAAACAAGAUGGGGGAAAUAAAUGUGAAACUAACGCUCUAUGGGUGAACUGUAAAGUGGCUAAAAAGAAACUUCGACAAGCUCAGAGGCAGCUGGAUGCGAAUAAUAGAUAUAAACUGUACUAUGAAAUAAUGGACUCGUAUACUUCAAAUCAGAAGCUCUUUUACAAACUUAUUAAUAUUCAAAGAACUGGACAAGUUAAGAAACUGACUAAAUUAGUUAUUGAUGGCAUAAAUCUUGAGUCCUCAGAAGAAAUAAGGGAUGGAUGGGCCUCGUAUUUCGAAAAAUUAAGUACUUUAUCUACAAGUUCAUCAUUUUGUGAACAUCAGCAUCAAACUGUGAAGCGUAAUAUACAAAAUAUUUUGACACUACAAAAUUCAGGGAAUAAGGGAAGGCAAUAUGCAACUUUAGAUGAAGUUACAGCAGCUAUAAGCAAAAUGAAAAAUGGAAAGUCACCUGACGAAUUAAAUCUAAUGAGUGAACAUUUGAAAUGUGGUGGUCAAAUAGUACCUAUAAUUUUAAAAGCUCUUUUUGAUCGUGUUUUACAAGAAAGAGAUGUACCUGAAAUUUUUCAGUCUGGAAUUAUUACACCAAUACACAAGAGUCAUGGUAAACCCUUGCAGGAUCCAAAUUCUUAUAGGCGAAUUACAGUAUGUAGUAUAAUGGGAAAAGUUUUUGAGACUAUACAUUUGUCGAAAAUUUCACCAGAUUUAGAUAGACUUCAAAAUAAAUUGCAACGUGGUUUUACUAAACGGGUAUCUCCAACAAAUGCAGCUUUAUUGCUUACUGAGGCGCUAGCUGAUGCAAAGGAUCGUAAAAAGAAAGUAUUUGUAGCCUUUAUUGAUGCCUCUAAAGCAUUUGAUGUUGUGUGGCAUGACUCUUUAAUGUUAAAACUUUUUCAGUCUGGAAUUAAGGAUGAGGAUUGGUUUGUUGUAUAUAAAUGGUAUCAACAGAUGAGAUCAAAGGUUAAGUGGGAUGGACAGUUUUCUAGAGCUUUUGAUGAGCAACAGGGAGUUAGACAAGGAGUAGAAGAAAUGAAAAAUGUGUGGAUGAAUUUUAUUUACAUGAAAAACCUAUAG